AUGAACUUCUCCCUGGACGACUCAUCCCCCGAGCUCGUCUACUCUUCCGACUGGGGGAUCCAGCCCGCCGCCGACCCCGCCUUCUUCCAGGGCACCUACCACGUCGCCGAGGCCGACGGCGCCACCGUCAACUUCACGUUCUCCGGCUCUGCCGUCGUGCUUUAUGGCUCCAAGGGCCCCGGGCACGGCAACUACAGUGUCCAGUAUGACAACUUCGUCAUGGUGAACAUAUCCGCGUACGCUUCGGAGAUGGAGUACCAGCAGCUCCUCUUCCAGAACGCGUUCGCGCAGGACGCGGAGCACUUUAUCUCGUUCGCCGCGCACCUCAGCGCGGAGGGCCCGUGGGUCGACUUUGACUACCUCGAGAUCACGCAGGCUGAGAGCAGUGCGAAUGGGUCGACGCCGAUGCCGACGUCAUCAGGGGCUGUGGCGACGCUGGUGCCCCCGUGGAUGGCCAGUCAGUCCACUUCGUCCAGCCAGUCCCCCACCCCGAGUCUGUCCCCCUCGCCCACCACACACGCCUCGCCCACCAACGUCGCCCUCAUCCUCGCCGUGCUCUUCGGCGCUCUCUUCGGGCUGCUCCUGCUGGCGCUCGCCGCAUACUUCCUCCUCCGCCGCCGCGGCCGCUUCCGCACCCCGCGGCCGCGCCAGUUCCGCUAUAGCGUGCCUCUAGCGAUGCCCAAGGGCUCGGGGCACAUCGCGCACGCGCCCGUCCUCGCCACUGGAUCCCUUGCGAACCUGUACGGCGCGUCGCCCCCGCCGGGCGCUGUCGUGUCGAGCGUGGGGGCGGGCGGCGGGGCUGGGUACGUGCACAUGUUGCUGCCGAUGAGCUCGCCGACGCACGAGGGGAGCUUUGCGAGCGAGCUGGAGGAGAAGAUCGUGCGGGAGAAGGAGGUUCAGAAGGAGGAGGAGGAGCGCGGGACUUCGCCGGCCAGUGGCAGUGGCAGCGGCAGCGGGGUCGGGCACACGACGUAUACCCGGGGGUUCCUGGCGUCGUCGCCGUUUAAGAAGGCGCAUAAGGGCGACGCCGAUUCGUUAAGGACGGACUUCUUGCAGGUGUGA